AUGGCUGGCGGCGGUACUCCUGUUGGCCCUUCUGCUUCUCCCCUUGGCCAGGGUUGGGGCUAUGGCAUCGUGCUUGGUGUUGGCUUUCUCUUCGCCCUUGGCAUGGUCUUCACCACUUGGGUUCUCAAGCGCUACAACAAUGAGGUGCAAACUUCAGAGAUGUUCUCAACUGCCGGUCGUACUGUCAAGUCUGGUUUGGUAGCUUCAGCAGUAGUGUCUUCGUGGACUUGGGCAGCUACCCUGUUGCAGAGUUCUUCGGUCGCGUUCCGCUACGGUGUUUCUGGACCACUCUGGUAUGCCGCUGGUGCUACCGUACAGAUCCUGCUCUUUGCGACCGUUGCGAUCGAACUCAAGAGGCGAGCCCCUAACGCUCAUACGUUCCUCGAAGCUGUGCGUGCUCGCUAUGGAAAGGCUACGCAUUUUGUCUACAUCACCUUCGGCCUCUUCACCAACAUUCUCGUUACAGCCAUGUUGUUGACUGGCGGAUCUGCCGUCAUCAGCUCUUUGACCGGUGUGCCUACAGCCGCAGCCUGUUUCCUACUUCCCCUGGGUGUCGUAGUCUACACCAUGUUUGGUGGUAUCAAGGCCACGUUUCUCACAGAUUACGUUCACACCGUUAUCCUCCUCAUCAUCCUUCUUACUUUCGCAUUCACGACUUAUGCCACGGGUGACCGGCUCGGCUCGCCCAAAGCAGUGUACGAUCGUCUGCAGGAACUUUCGGCAACCACCCCCGUUCCCGGCAACGCUGGCGGAAGCUAUCUUACAAUGAGGAGCAAAGAUGGUGCCAUCUUCUUCGUCAUCAACAUCAUUGGAAACUUUGGAACUGUCUUCAUGGAUAACGGAUACUACAACAAGGCUAUUGCUGCAUCCCCAGUUCAUGCUCUUCCUGGAUACAUCAUCGGAGGUCUUUCCUGGUUCGCUAUCCCUUGGCUUUGCGCAACCACUAUGGGCCUCGCCGCUCUGGCACUGCAGAGCACGGAGUACUUCCCUACCUAUCCCAACGGCAUGGAUGAAGCCUCUAUCAGCGCGGGCCUCACCCUUCCAUAUGCUGCUGUGGCGCUCCUCGGAUCUGGCGGUGCAGUGGCUACUCUACUAGUCGUGUUCAUGGCCGUCACUUCAGCUUUCUCGGCGCAGCUCAUUGCUGUCUCCAGCAUCUUGACAUACGACAUCUACGCAACCUACAUCAACCCCAGUGCAAGUGGUCGACGUCUCGUCUACACCUCGCACGUCUGCGUAUGUGGGUUUGGACUCGUCAUGGCUGCGUUCUCGACUGGACUUUGGUACGCAGGUAUCAGCAUGGGCUGGCUGUACGUCUUCAUGGGCGUAAUCAUUUCGUCUGCGGUGCUUCCAGCCACCCUCACAUUGAUGUGGAAGGGUCAGAACAAAUGGGCGGCUACUUUGUCGCCAGUGUUGGGUCUUUGCUGCAGCAUCACCGCCUGGCUCGUCACCACCUCCAAGCUGAACGACGGCGUGAUCACUGUCGCUACUUCUGGCGCCAACAACCCAAUGUUGGCUGGUAACGUGGUCGCGUUGCUCUCACCCGUCAUCUUCAUCCCGGUCCUGACCCUGAUCUUCGGAGUUGACAACUACGACUGGGUGUCAAUGAAGAACAUUCGCCUUGUGGACGAUUCGGAUGUCACAGCAGCUGCGCACAUGGACAUUGAAGCCGUGCACGGCCGCCAUGCUGCCCUCUCCCCAGAAGCCGAAGCCGCCGAACAAGCCAAGCUGUUCCGCGCCUCCAAGAUUGCAAAGAUCACCACCGCGACGCUGACACUCGUUCUUCUCGUACUUUGGCCAAUGCCUCUCUACGGUUCCGGCUACAUCUUCAGUCAGUCGUUCUUCUCAGGAUGGGUCGUCGUUGGCAUCAUCUGGCUGAUGUGCAGUACUAUGGCUGUUGGUGUAUAUCCUCUAUGGGAAGGCCGUGAGAGUUUAGCCAGGAACUUCGGUGGUAUGUGGCGCGACAUCACUGGCAAGGGCCGUCGUCGCGGGGAUCAUGUUGAGGUGGUGGAAGGUGAGAAGACAGCUGCGCCAGGCACGCAAACACCUAAGGAGGCUGAUGCGAAGGCGUUGGAAGAGAAAUCGUAG